AUGCCAGGAAAUUUAGCAAGCUAUUUUGCCCAAGGUAAUUCAAACCAGAAUCAGCAACGAGCUACUUUGAGCAGGAGCUCUUCUCAUGAUGGUUUCGAAUCAAGCGGUAUAAAUAAGCAAGUCCCAAGCUAUGAUGAUAUGGGUCCUUCUAUUUCCAUGGCUGUCCAUGCAGACAGUGAUGAUCAUUUCAAGAAUUCUACAUUUAACUUGAAAAGAACAAGGUCAAUGGGGUUGUUAGAUCCUUAUAUUGACGACACACAAAAGCUUCUGUCAGAAUCAGGAGGAUCUCUCAAUCUGGAUAGUUUCUCCAAUACAAAUAUUGAUGACAAAAGUUUGAAUUCUAGUUAUAGCAGCAGCGACAGUAAUGUUGGAAACUCUAGAAGUAUAGCUACUGUGAUACAAAAAGAGGACAAAGAUAAUAAUGAAGAUAAUAUUGGUAAGCUAAACACUACUACCAUUAAUGACAAUGAUCUCCAUAUGUACAACUCGUCAUUGUCACCGCCAAAUACUGGUUACCGUCAAGAUGACGUUGAAAUAAAUAACGAUGGCAAUGAUUACAACGUGGAUUACUCUGAUUCCGAUUCUAGGGAAAUGGAAGAUUCCAAUUCACCCCCAGAUCCAGGUACAGAUGACUUCCUAAUGCACCAUGAUGAUAAUGAUUUAAUGUAUGAACCCAACAGGCAUGUGGAUUAUUUAUCUCACAAAUGGAAUGAAAAUGAGAUUUCUCAAUCGUGGCGUUAUAUCAUUUUGAAAAAGAAGAAAAAGGAUACUGAUCUUAUCAAUACAGCUAGAUUAGAGAACGCAUCCUGGAGAACAUGGGCAAAAGCAAGAAAUAACCUCAAAACUGUUAAUCCGGAGUCACUAAACUGGUCCAAAGAUUCUGACGUAACAUGGUUAUACGGGCCUAUUGUUGUUGACAAGCAAAACACUCCGUCGACUGCAUCUAAAGACAAUGAAUCUUCGAACGCCAAAACCGAUCACAGCAGGGCUGCCACAAUUGGAUAUGGAUCGGAUGACGAAAAUUCUAAAAGAAUGGUUCAUAGCUCUAGAAGCCCUGGCCCAAAACCAAUUUUGAAAAAACGAACAGUAAGUGAAAUCAUUGAAGAAAACUCCAAAUGGAGGUUAGAUGUUGCUAGGCAGCAUAGAAAACAGAUUGGAAAUAUACAUAUGCUAUUAGAUGUACCCGCGCAUGCUGUUCACGAUGACUACAAUGCUAUUGCUGCAAAAGUGAAUGCACAGUAUUAUAAGGGCAUUAAUAAACAAGCAACGGAUUCUGUUGAUUCCGCAUCACCAGCGGCAAUGAAUAACAACUAUUCGUCAUCGGAUACUGAUUCUGGGCCCACCAAUAGAUCUACUGUUGAGCCGUUAUCUACAGACAUAGAAGCUCCUCAGCUAUCAUCUAUUCUUACGUCUUCAAUGAAACAAAAGGAAAAGAGAGAGAGGCAUAUUCAUUUUAACGAUCGUGUCGAACAGUGUAUGGCUGUCAAUGCCAUUCCUGCCGAUGGCAUCCAAAAUGCAGAUGAUGACAUGAUGUCAGAUAUCGAAUCUCAUUCAGAUGGCAUGAAUCAAGACAGAGAUUAUAACCGUCAAUAUUCUGAUAUGGAAGACGGAAGUAGGAGUUCAGAUCCUGCUAGUACGGAAGAUUACGCGGAUGAUGAAGGGGAUACAGUUGAUAAUGACAGUUCAGAAGAUGAUGAAGAAGGAGGACUUUUCAUCAGUGCAAAUGCUAGAAAAGGUCGCUCUAACUCUCUGCAUAGUGAAGGAUCUGACGUGGAGAAUUCAUUAAGGUCUUUAUCGUUAUCGAAAUACUCUAAUCCAAUUAUCAAGCCACUACCUGCAACUACCCUCAAUUACGGUUCAGAUGACGAAUACUAUGAUGAUGAAGAAAACGACUCAUACUACGGUAACGCAGUUUCUCACAAUGUGAACACUAGUAGAGGAUUUGAUUACAUGUACGAUUACAAUUCUGUUUAUACCGGCGAUACCUCCAGUUUUGUUACCGAGAAUGCAUGUGAUAUUCGUGACGUUCCGGAUGGAAUUGGUCUAGAUACUCCAAUGGAUGAUGUAAAUGAUCGCUAUAUGGAUAUUGAUGAAGAUACUAGAAGAAAUAUGUUCGGACAUACCCGAAAUCAACAAGAUGAGUCGCAAGGAACAGAUAGUUCCGAUAAUGAAUUUAUUGAAAAUUCAGCCGCUGGGAAGAACGAUGAGGACGAAGACUAUAGUUAUAGCGGUAGUGGUAGUGAUUCAGAUAGUGCUAUCGAAGGUGAAGGUGAAGGUGAUAUGAUUGACGAAAAUGACCGAAAAAGCAGUCUGCAAGAUAUGCCGCUGUUAAGACGCACUCCCUCUCUUGGAAAGUCACGAUCGAAUUCUCUUCACGAUUUUAUCGGAGCUUCAAAUUCUGCGCCACCAGUGUUGAAUCAAACUCAUAGUUUCAUUACCGGUAAUUCAAUGCCUAUAAGUACGCCAGUGGCAAGGAGACCCUUGAAAGGGCCUUCAUCAGGAAGUUUCAUCUUUGGUUCUGAUUCUGAUUCUGAGUAG